UGGCACUGUCGCUGCUUGCCGCUUAGUUACUUCACAACACUCCAUCUCUUCUUUUCUCUUCGCAAUUCAUCUGUUACAGUUCCCCUUUUUAUUCUCUCUCUCGUUCGAUUUCUAUAUUCCCAAUUCUCUCUUCUCCUUCACCAACCCGGAUCGAAUUGUAUGAACCGCAGAGUACUGCUGUAGAGGCAGCUUAGGCAUUUUCACCAUCAUCAUGGCCACGCCUCCUAUUGAUCGCUGGGACGCUGAUAAAAUACUUCGAUUAUAUUUGCAUGAUUAUAUGAUCAAAAGGGGAAUGCACAACGCUGCUGAGAUUUUCAAGAAGGAAGCACAAGUUCCCGAUCACCCUGUUUAUUCAGUGGUUGAUUCUCCAGAUGGAUUUCUGCUUGAAUGGUGGUCUAUUUUCUAUGAGGUAUUUAACUCUAGGCAAGGGAAGGACCUAGAGACUGGGCCAGGGUCCUCUAGUAAGGUCCCAAUGAUGACACAUAAUGCAAGGAAUAAUGCUCCCCCGAGAAUCCCUCAAAUAUCAAUGAGUGAGCAGAGAACUCCACAAUUUCAAGUCAACUCCAGCUUUAACAACAUGAUGGCUCAACCAGCCGUUUGUGUAAUACCUUCAACAAUGUACAAUAAAGAAGAGCAUCUUGGAUAUCUGCCCGAAAAUGUUGAACCAAGUUUGCAUGAUGUUAUAAAAAAUAACCUGACGUUCUUGUCAGGGAUUAGUUCAAAUUAUCCACCGCAAGAUGUACUAAGCAAGCAGGCCCAGAAGCAAGUCUUUAAGGAUAGUAGAGUUGGCAUGAGUGUGGAGAGGGAUAUACCUAGGGACCCACUGGAUGUAAUGCAAAAAACAAUGCUUCCUUUAGAUGGACUUCAUGAAACAAAAACCAAUGAAGCUCUCAAUAUAGUGCCACUAAAUGGAUGGCCAAUAAAUAACCAAGUACUAACUUCACCUUUGCAAACACCAAAUUGUCGACAGAAGUGUCAAAUGUUGAAAACACAAAAUCAGGAUGCAAUCCUUGCUCAAGCAAUUGCAGGUACUUCUAAAAAUCAGACUUCCACAGUUCCUGAAAACUCUAGCAAAUGCAACACUACGAAGAUUUCUGAGACUGAAUCAAGUGAUAAGGAUAAGCAGAUGAUAAACCAAAUGAUUACAACUGUAGAGCAUCAACACCAGCAGGAUCAACAAAUGCAGAUGCAGUUCCAGAAUGUUGAGAAUAACAGAAAAAGAAAGACAACAGAAUCCAUAAGACCUGGAGAAAGUGCCCGGAACUGUGAGGAUACAGCCAAUGGAAAACCUUUGGAUGAAAAUGUGGAGUCUUUCCUGUCUUUAGAAAAUGAACACGCUGAUCAUAAAAUUGCACCCUUCAGAAAUCUGAAACGAACUUCAGCCACAUGCAGAAAUGAAAAAAAAGGUUUUUCAUUCAAUGAGGUUGGUUGCCUUCAUUCAAGCAAAAGCAAGGUUUUGUCUAGCCAUUUUUCAUCGGAUGGAAAAGUUUUGGCAAGUGCUGGACAUGAGAAGAAGGUUUUCAUUUGGAACAUGGAAAAUUUUGAUUGUGUAACUACUACAGAAACACAUUCACUUCUUGUUACAGAUGUUCGGUUUAGACCAGGUUCAACUAUCUUUGCAACUUCGUCCUUUGAUAGAUCUGUGAGACUAUGGGAUGCAGCCAGACCAACCAGUUCUCUGCUCAAACUUACUGGGCAUGCCGAACAAGUAAUGUCAUUGGACUUCCACCCAAGAAAAGUGGACCUUCUUUGCUCAUGUGAUAGUAAUGAUGUAAUUCGAAUGUGGAAUAUCAAUCAAGGUGUUUGCAUGCAUAUCACUAAGGGAGGUAGUAAACAGGUCAGAUUCCAGCCUAGUUUUGGGAAGUUUUUGGCUACUGCUACAGAAAAUAAUAUCAAAAUAUUUGAUGUGGAGACCGACAGUCUUCUGUACAAUCUAGAGGGACAUGUUAAUGAUGUUCUCUCCAUUUGUUGGGAUAAAAAUGGAAACUAUGUUGCCUCCGUCAGUGAAGAUACUGCACGUAUCUGGUCAUCAGACGGAAAAUGCAUAAGUGAAUUGCAUUCAACCGGAAACAAGUUCCAAUCAUGCGUAUUUCAUCCAGAAUAUCAUAACCUCUUAGUUAUUGGUGGCUAUCAGUCCCUGGAAUUGUGGAGUCCCUCUGAGAGCAGUAAAACAUGGGCUGUUCCAGCUCACAAGGGAUUAAUUGCUGGACUAGCAGAUUCUUCCGAAAAUGAAAUGGUUGCCUCAGCUAGCCAUGAUCAUUGCGUGAAACUAUGGAAAUGAGAAUUUGAAAGCAUAACUGCGUCAAGGUGUUAAUUAUGGGAGGCUUUCGCAUUACAGUAUUUCUUCUCCUGCUACAUUUUUUCCGAUUAAUAUUAGAUCAUUAUUCUAUUGGUAAAAGGUAUAACGUUAUAUACAAUCUUAUAGAGGGAAAAAAAAAUACCGUACAGGGUUCUUGACUGAGCCGACCUGGUAUAGUGCGCACAUGAUACAAACUUUUGUGGCAUUGUUUCCCAUUGGAAAUUGGAAAAGUGGACAUCUCAAGAAACUCCAAUGCUUCAUUCGAACGAUGCUCAAGUAGUUCAAGUUUUUUAAAA